UUGACGCUAUGGGCGGGGCUGUACGUGAUGACGUAGGAGCCGCCGAAUUCAAAACAUCCGCAGCUUGUAGCGGGUGUUUUCACCGGAGGAGCGUCAUUAUUUCACACACAAUAAAGAAGAUAAAGACUUGUUAAAUAUGCCGGGGGCGUCUGCGACAGGUGUUUUGAGUCAGCUCAGUCUGCUGGAAGUUAAAGCGAGAAGCCGCAAAACUCAACCUCAGCAGCAGAGUCGUGUGAAGGAGCUGAAGGCUCAAGUUGAAGCGCUGAGGGCCCAGAGAGACCAGCUGAAGGCAGAGAUAGAGACACACAAGCAUCUCCAGAAACUGAGAGCGUCUUUGGACAAACAGUCGACAAAUGAAGGAGAUGAGGAGGAAGAAAUGGAGCAAGACUCGGAGCCCUCACAACUACUGCGACUGAUGGCCAGACAUACACAACUGGAAGACCUUCUGUACGCUCAUCACACCAUUGGUGGGUACAACGUCAUAAAGACUCGUCAGGGUAAAGGAGUGUGUGUGUCUCUGGCGACCGCCUAUGAUGGUGUCUUCUUAGAAACCUACAAUCUGGAGAUAGACCUAAAGCCGACGCUGAGGAUCAGUCGCCACAGCGUUCCUCCGUUUAUUCCCUUGAACAGCCUGGCUGAGCAGAACAACCUGCAGACAAACAUAAGAACUUUUCUGGACAUGCUCAGCCAACAUCUCAACGCCUUUGCAGCCCGAAAGCAGCAGCUAAAGCUUGUGAAGGAACUCCAUAAGUCUGUGGAAGUGAUGGAGAGUAACGUUUUGUGUUCAAUACUGGUGUUGAUGUUCACCCUGCCCAAACAGAAGACGGCUGUUCUCUGCACUCUGGACUACUCUGACCACACCAGAAGUCUUCCCACCCGAGUCCACUUUGAAUCUGAUGACAAGAAGCUUCCUGAUUCUCCAGAGUGGAAGGAAAACGGCAGCCUGCUAAAGGAGACUCCUGUGCACAAAGCUUUGACCACCAUGAAGAAGAUGGGGAAUAUUGUGUAAUUCAUUCAGAAAUAAUGACAUUUUGUACAUAUAUUUUCAUUAAAAUGUCAUUCUAAAUCUUUUUAAUUAACACUUGUAAAUGUUUCUUCUUGGUGUUGCAAAUGUUGAGUUAUUAAACUGAGUUAAAAGCAAA